AUGUGUCGGUCCAUCAAUUUUGCUACGGGAUCCGAGUCGUGCCCAGUGACAAGUGGUUUUGCGACCCGGCCGCGCUGCCAGCUCUGCCCGCUCCAUGGAGGCGCGUUUAAACGAACCCAGUGCGGGAAGUGGGUGCACGUGCAGUGCUUCUUGUGGAUCCCCGAGUUUCGCGUGGAGCAGGGUGAAGACGACAUGCUGAUUUUUGGAGCGCUGAGCAGCUUGGACCCGGACCGCGCGACGCUCGACUGCUCCUUGUGUCACUCCAAAAAGGGGAAAGGAAUUAUCCAGUGCGCGCACAAGCGAUGCCUAACUGCUUUUCAUGUAAGUUGUGCUGCCUACGCGCAUUAUCGAAUGGACCAGCUGGACCCUCCUGGCGAAGAAGACGUUGGAAGUGGCACGCUUUUCCUGGCGUACUGCCCGCUGCACCGUAACUCCACAGCACCGAUAAAUGUCCCGGAGAACCAAAAGACUCCGCCAGCAGCCAAAGCUCGGUCGCCGAAGCCCCCACUUCCGACUUCCGCGACGAAAAUGACGUCUCCGAGCCACCUGUUGGCUUCGCCUUCGUCUGCCGAGGCGAAGAAGAAGUACAAGACAUUCCGGCGACUGAAGCGGAAGUACGAUGCGACUCAAUCGCAAAUGUUCUCACAACCAGGAACCAAGGCAUCCCCAGCCUCGACUUCGCCGUGGCAGAAGCGCAUCAGACGGUCAAAGCGACGUCGAGAAACGUCUCGAGCUCUGGCGGCUGCGUAUAUUGAUGAUACGGCGGAUGUUCGAGGCGGAGCGAACGAUGAUGACGAUGAUGAAGACGACUAUGGUGAUGACUACAGAGACGCGGCCGACGACUCUUUCAUUAAUGACUCGUCGCAGCUACUGUACUCGCAGUCGGUGCGGAAGAAGUACAGCCCGAACAUGCGCGCCAUCUACGCCCGGUCGCUUUUUGAGUCGCAGAACUCGCCUCUGUUGCUUCGUCGAGGUGGACGGCAAUUGGGAGCUCUUCCGUCGAAUGGAAUCAUUCGCGCUUGCUUGGAGGAGAUGCACCAUGGACCGGGAAGUGAAGCGGAAACAACGCCGUCCCCAAGGCCGCGCUCGCGUCCUCGCUCUCGUGCACCCGUGACCCCCGGCAACACCGCAGCAACCCCGCCGGGGUUGUCAGCUCCGCUUAGCGCUUCAGCUACAGUUACUGAGUCAGAUGGAGACGACAGUGCGAUAGAGGCGGAGCCUUCCCCCAGCUUUAACUUGCUGGCUGGCGCACCACUCCAAAGUAUCCAAGAGAAUGACGAAGACGCGAGUGAAAAGAGCGAUGGCGGGGUUGUGGAUUCAGAGGUGGCUCCACCUAGCUUUAGCUUGCUUGGUGCUAACGGAUCUCUUCCGAGCGCUACCAGCACUGUUUCGACGAGACCGAGAUCUGGUACGGGUGUGCCAGCUGUGGGUUCUGCCCAAUCUGUGAGUCGCACUCAAGACACAGGUCAAGAUGAGCUACAGAAGAAGAUCGAAGCUAAUCGCUUGAAGGCUUUGAAGAAGUUGGAAGAACGGCGUCAAGCGAAACUGCGGCAGGCGCAAGGGCAUCCGCCUCAACAGCAAGCGCCAUCCGCGAAAACUUUUCAGCCGACAAAUACCUCCCACGGUGCCAGUGAGCAUGAAUUUACCUCUGCUGCAGCUCUGAUGUCUACGGAGACACACCAGGACGAAGUAGCUGCCCCCUCAAUUAGCUUGUUGGGAUCAUCGACAAAGGGUGGGCAGGCACCCCCUCCUCCUCCUCAGACAGUGCGUCACCCCGCGACACCUACCGUUGAUCUGACAGCGCAGAAGUCGACCAAGCCUGGGCCGAACCAGCCAAAGUGGAUAAUCUUCACCAGCUCGGCUUUCUCGCGAUCUGGCGGGUUUCCUACAUUUUUGUCGGGAAAGCAUGGCGAGUGCACCGUUGCCAUCGAGGAUUCACUGGAAGCGGACGCUCUGCUCAGUGUGCGCACGGCCGUGGUGUUCCUGACACUUCAGCAACUGCAUGAGUUGGCUCUAUCGGCUCCAGCUCAAAACAUUGUCAAGAGCCGGCGAAUCGGCACACUGCUGGCGAUGCACAAGAAGAUCAUCGUGGCGAUUGUCCACGACGGAGGCGACUCACCGGAGAUGCAGCGAUUGAGACAGCGUCCGAGUGUGACCGUAGUUGUCCAGCCCCGUAUCGAGUCGUUGUGCGCGCAACUGCACCAACUCGCCCACCAGGAGCUCGCGGAAGGGUACGAGUUGCCAUCCCCGAGCCAGUGUCGCCCUGAUUUCAGCGGCGCGGUUGUCAGAGGCUUGGACGCGGACUUUGCGUCGCGGCUCCAGUUCUUCCGCACGAUUCCCGCGCUGUCGCUGGGCAGUGCGCUGUCGCUGAGUUUUCGCUUCAAGAACUUCGCGGCGGGGCAGGUGCCUGUGCUCAAGUUUAACGAAAUGCAUUGGAGGCGGAUGCUGCCGUGGAUUUCGGAGCUUACAGCGGAGGAGAUUCGGAAGCACGUCCAACAAAAUGUCGAGCGGCGUUGA